AUGUCUGCUUACCUGAUGAUCUGCGCGGUCCUGCACUUGGGAGUCGACAUCAGUUUGGCCAGGAGGCACGGUCCGUGCACAGAUUUACAACCAUUGGAUCUCCUAUCAGAAGUUGCUGAAGCCCCUCGAAUGGAGAUAUAUGGAGUCAGGAUGGUCCAGGAGCACGGCGUCCGUGGGCUGCGGUUCAAUAAGGAUAUGAAGGCAGUCAGCUUCUCAGCCUCUCUCAUCUUCAAAGUCUGCAAUUACUUCCCAGCUGAAUUCUCCAUUGUCAUCACACUGAAAGUCAACAGCAUAACGUUAAAGAAGAACGAAUACAUCUUGACGUUGCUCCAGGAGGACUUAAACCGCAUGCUGCUGGGGCUGAGGAUCUCACCUGACAAGCUUCACCUGGAGUUCGCCCAGGGUGACCUGCCCGGUAGCCCCAAGAAGCGGGUAACGUUCCAAGACAUCUACCUGGCCGACCGCCAGUGGCACACCUUGGUGCUGGCUGUUUCAGCCAACUUUGUGUCUCUCACCGUGGACUGCUGCCCUCCUCUUGACACGUACCUGGAUGUACCUUUCCCGGAAUACUUAGGCACGGCAAGAUCUCGAUUUUACAUUGGGAACCGGAGGAGACGGAAGGGACUGUUUUCAGGGUUACUGAGACAACUGGUGCUGCUACCGGGAUCUGAUGCUACCCAAAGGAUCUGCCCCAGUCCCACUCCCAGAUUGGCAAUGCUCUCCAUCCCGAAGAUACUGACGGAGCUCCCGCUGAGGCCCUCAGACAACGAUAUCUUGAAGUACCCCUAUGAAGCCGAAGUGAAGGUGAUGGUGGGGAACCAUCCUCCCUGCACUGAGAAUGAAGUCAGCCGCCUCUGGUUUGAUGUCUUCAACAAAGGCUUCUUUAUCUGUGAUGGCAAGAACUGGGUGUCGAUCUUAAAAGCUAAAAAGAGACUGGAUUAUGUUGAAGAUUAUCAAAAUCUGGUCACCAACUCGGAAACACUUGAUGUUGAGAUCUUUGAGAUCCCCAAUGUUGGACUCUUUGCUGCCACAGCCAAUAAGAAGCCUCGCCCUGGAUCGACUAUUUUUAAGUGGUUGGAGGGGAAAUUUGAACCGUAUCAGAACAUCACAACGUACGAAGCCCAGGCAUGGAAACACUUCUCCAUUGGCCCACAGGUUUUUUUGGUGGUGGCCAACUUUGAAAAGAAUGAACAGGACCAGGAAUACUCGGUCAUCUACAAGUGGAGCCGGAGGCAGCUGCUGUUUGUGUUGUACCAAAGGCUAGCCACCCACAGUGCACGGGACUGGGAGGCCUUUCAGAUCAAUGGGGAGACCUUCCUUGCUGUAGCCAACCAUCGUGAAGGAGACAAUCACAACAUCGACAGUAUUAUCUACAAGUGGAACCCCAAGUCACGACUGUUUGAAAGGAACCAGACUAUUCCCACAUCAGGAGCCUAUGACUGGGAAUUCUUUACCAUCGGACCAUAUUCCUUCCUAGUCGUGGCGAACACCUUCAAUGGAACCUCAACCCGGAUCUACUCGCGAAUUUACAUCCAAUUGGGUGGAAUGUUCCGACUUUUCCAAUCAAUCCCGACAUAUGGUGCUACAGACUGGGAGGUCUUCCGUGUUCAAGAAAGAGUCUUUCUCGCAGUUGCCAACAGUCAGAGCUAUCAGACAGGGGCAUUGAACGGAAUCAACCCCUUCAAGAUCAACUCCACCAUCUAUGAACUUAACAUCACCGCCCAGAUGUUUGUCAAGUUUCAGGACAUCCCGACAUACAGUGCAGUUGACUGGGAGUUCUUCACAGUGGGCGAUGACAGCUUCCUGGUUGUGGCAAACUCGUUUGAUGGCUCCAAGUUUUUUUUAAACAGUGUUAUAUAUAGGUGGCAAGGUUAUGAAAGUUUUGUCCCGGUCCAUCACCUCCCAACAUACGGCUGUACAGACUGGGAACAGUUCAACACGGAGGAAGGAUCAUACCUCAUCUAUUCCAGUGCUAAGGAACGCAUUUCCAAGGUGCUUAGACUGAAAGUCUAUUGA